AAAAAGUCCCGUUCACGUUUAGUCGACACCAGACACAGUACUGACAAAGGACGCAGACAUCAGAGAGGAGAAACGGAUUUAUUGCGCUCCGAUUAUCUGCUGUUUUCUAUUAUUCAUGUGUGUGUGCUCUCUUCAAACAACGUGGAGCUCUUUAUAGCGGACUGUCCGUCAACUGACAUCAAUGAAGGAGAGAAUAUCUCGUCAGAAAGUAUCUGUUACAUCCGGGAUGGAUCCUAGUCAGAUUGUGAAGUGUAAAAUAGUUGUGGUCGGGGACAGUCAAUGUGGGAAGACUGCUCUACUACACGUUUUUGCAAAGGAUAUCUUCCCAGAGAGUUACAUGCCCACAGUGUUCGAGAAUUACACGGCCAGUUUUGAAAUAGACACGAAAAGAAUAGAGCUCAGCCUAUGGGACACGUCAGGGUCUCCAUACUACGACAACGUGAGGCCUCUCUCCUACCCAGACUCAGACGCUGUCCUUAUCUGUUUUGACGUCAGCCGCCCUGACACACUCGACAGCGUAAUAAAGAAGUGGAAAGGGGAGAUCCAGGAGUUCUGUCCCAACACCAAGAUGCUCCUGGUGGGCUGCAAAUCAGACCUGCGCACCGACCUCUCCACGCUGGUGGAGCUAUCCAAUCACAGACAGAUGCCUGUGUCAUAUGAUCAGGGUUCCAACAUGGCCAAACAGAUCUCAGCCCCCUACAUCGAGUGCUCAGCCCAGCAGUCAGAGAACAGCGUCAGGGACAUUUUCCACGUGGCCACCUUGGCCUGCGUCAACAAGAACAACAAGAACGUCAAACGCAACAAAUCUACCAGAGGCAACAAAAGGAUCUCGCACAUGCCCACUAGGCCCGACCUCGCGGCGGUAGCGUCAGACCUGCGGAAGGACAAAGCAAAGAGUUGCAGUGUCAUGUGACCUGGUGGGCAGGGUCACGACCCUCAGCAGUGGGUUUGUAGGCUGGGAUUGAAGCAUGCAGUGAGGAUAGGGGUUAAAGGUCAGAGCAUAGUGCAUUUUGGAACAUUAGAGGGUGAGGCCCUUCCCUUCCUGCACUUUAAAGCCCUUGGCUUGCUGUCCUGGGGUGGAGUUUUGUAUAUGCAUCAUACAAUGUAAAUGUAGAUGAAAUCCACCGUAUCAAUGACAACACAAUAGUCUUUCAGUGUAGCCUGUCUGUCUACCAUCCAUCUCCCUUACAUAUCUUUUACCAGAAGAGGAAGCUAUCUCUGCUUUGGGCCAAUUAGCUGCCUUCCUUCCGGCGUCCCGGGAGGUAGUAACACUGUUUCCUCUUAGAGCUGGACGAGGAAGUGGUCAUGGCCUUUCACAGGAAAUUAGCAUUUCCACAGGAAGUGAUGUCACGUAGGAAAAGUUGAACGAGUCCCGGACGUUUUUCUAAGGCCUUCAGAAAGGAUGUGAACAAGAGAUCUACGCUGUACAUGUAACUGUAAAUGAUGAUAGGCUCACCCCCCUCUGUACAGCUGACUCCAUCACCAUGAGAGACUGCAGCGGUGCACUCUGGAACGCUGAAGACGAGCGGCCGUCUGUACAGCUGACUCCAUCACCAUGAGAGACUGCAGCGGUGCACUCUGGAACGCUGAAGACGAGCGGCCGUCUGUACAGCUGACUCCAUCACCAUGAGAGACUGCAGCGGUGCACUCUGGAACGCUGAAGACGAGCGGCCGUCUGUACAGCUGACUCCAUCACCAUGAGAGACUGCAGCGGUGCACUCUGGAACGCUGAAGACGAGCGGCCGUCUGUACAGCUGACUCCAUCACCAUGAGAGACUGCAGCGGUGCACUCUGGAACGCUGAAGACGAGCGGCCGUCUGUACAGCUGACUCCAUCACCAUGAGAGACUGCAGCGGUGCACUCUGGAACGCUGAAGACGAGCGGCCGUCUGUACAGCUGACUCCAUCACCAUGAGAGACUGCAGCGGUGCACUCUGGAACGCUGAAGACGAGCGGCCGUCUGUACAGCUGACUCCAUCACCAUGAGAGACUGCAGCGGUGCACUCUGGAACGCUGAAGACGAGCGGCCGUCUGUACAGCUGACUCCAUCACCAUGAGAGACUGCAGCGGUGCACUCUGGAACGCUGAAGACGAGCGGCCGUCUGUACAGCUGACUCCAUCACCAUGAGAGACUGCAGCGGUGCACUCUGGAACGCUGAAGACGAGCGGCCGUCUGUACAGCUGACUCCAUCACCAUGAGAGACUGCAGCGGUGCACUCUGGAACGCUGAAGACGAGCGGCCGUCUGUACAGCUGACUCCAUCACCAUGAGAGACUGCAGCGGUGCACUCUGGAACG